UGGUAAUAAGGAUCUUUUCUCCUCUAUUACUACUACCUCUGAUUUACCUAUUGUUACCUUAGCUAAUGGUUCUCAAACUGUGGCUAAAGGUAUUGGUUUGGCCCUUCCUUUGCCUUCUCUACCUCUCACUUCUGUCCUUUAUACUCCUGAAUGUCCCUUUAAUCUUAUUUCCAUCAGCAAAAUCACUCGUACUCUUAAUUGCUCUAUUACCUUUUUUGAUAAAUUUGUGACCUUGCAGGACCGGAGUACGGGGAAGACGAUUGGCAUAGGACGUGAGUCUCAAGGCCUCUAUCACCUCACCUCAGAUUCAUCUCCUGCAGUUUGCAUUUCCACUGAUGCUCCUCUCCUCAUUCACAAUCGUCUGGGCCACCCUAGUCUCUCCAAGUUCCAGAAGAUGGUUCCUCGUUUUUCCACUUUGUCGUCGCUUCCGUGUGAGUCAUGUCAGCUUGGGAAACAUACUCGUGUCUCGUUCCCAAAGCGUUUGAAUAAUCGGGCAAAGUCUCCUUUUGAGCUUGUCCACACUGAUGUUUGGGGUCCUUGUCGGACUGCGUCUACUUUAGGAUUUCAGUAUUUUGUCACUUUCAUUGAUGACUAUUCUCGAUGUACUUGGUUAUUCUUAAUGAAAAAUCGAGCUGAGUUAUUCUCUAUUUUCCAGAAAUUUUAUACUGAAAUCCAAACCCAGUUCAAUAUUUCUAUUCGUGUGUUACGCAGUGACAAUGCCAGGGAAUAUUUUUCAGCCCAAUUUACUUCGUUUAUGUCUCAUCAUGGGAUUCUUCAUCAGUCUUCUUGUGCUCAUACUCCUCAACAAAAUGGGGUAGCUGAACGCAAGAAUCGACAUCUUGUUGAGACAGCUCGUGCUCUCCUCCUCCAUAAUCAUGUUCCUUUUCGUUUUUGGGGGGACGCUGUUCUUACCGCUUGUUAUUUGAUUAAUCGUAUGCCCUCCUCUGUCUUACACGAUCAGAUUCCUCACUCCCUUCUUUUCCCUGACCAACCACUUUAUUUCCUUCCUCCUCGUGUCUUUGGUUGUACUUGCUUUGUUCAUAUUCUCACUCCUGGACAGGACAAGCUUUCCGCUAAAGCCAUGAAGUGCCUCUUCUUGGGAUAUUCCAGACUUCAGAAGGGUUAUCAUUGUUAUUCCCUUGAGACUCAUCGGUACUUUAUCUCCGCUGAUGUCACCUUCUUUGAGGACUCACCAUUCUUUUCCACCACUUCUGAGUCUCUUCCUGUUUCUGAAGUCUUGCCCAUUCCCAUUGUCUCCCCACCUGAUGCUAUGCCCCCUCGACCACUUCAGGUUUAUCAUCGUCGCCCUCGUGUCGUUGCUCCUCUCCCUUUUCCUGAGGCACCUGCUGACUCACUUCCUAUUCCUUCGGCUUCACCUGCCCCGGCUCUGCCUUCUCCUAAUGACUUACCCAUUGCUGUUCGGAAAGGUACUCGCUCUACUCGUAAUCCUCAUCCUAUUUACAAUUUUUUGAGUUAUCAUCGAUUAUCUUCACCCUAUUCUGCUUUUGUUUCUGCUAUAUCCUCUGUUUCUCUUCCAAAGAGCACCCAUGAAGCUCUUUCCCAUCCAGGCUGGCGACAGGCAAUGGUGGAUGAAAUGGCUGCUCUGCACUCUAAUGGCACUUGGGAUCUUGUUGUUUUACCCUCUGGUAAAUCUACAGUUGGUUGUCGUUGGGUCUAUGCAGUUAAGGUUGGUCCUGAUGGUCAGGUUGAUCGCCUUAAGGCCCGCUUAGUUGCUAAAGGCUAUACUCAAGUUUAUGGUUCUGAUUAUGGUGACACAUUCUCCCCUGUUGCCAAGAUUGCUUCUGUCCGCUUGCUUCUGUCCAUGGCUGCUAUGUGUUCUUGGCCUCUUUAUCAGUUGGAUAUUAAAAAUGCCUUCCUUCAUGGUGAUCUUGCUGAGGAAGUUUAUAUGGAGCAACCUCCUGGUUUUGUUGCUUAGGGGGAGUCUGGUUUAGUGUGCAGGUUACGCCGCUCUCUAUAUGGCUUGAAACAAUCUCCUCGAGCAUGGUUUAGCCGUUUUAGUUCUGUUGUUCAAGAGUUUGGCAUGCUUCGCAGUACAGCAGACCAUUCAGUUUUUUAUCAUCAUAACUCCUUGGGGCAGUGUAUUUAUCUGGUUGUUUAUGUGGACGACAUCGUCAUUACAGGCAGUGAUCAGGAUGGUAUUCAGAAACUAAAGCAACAUCUUUUUACCCACUUUCAGACCAAAGACUUGGGGAAACUCAAGUAUUUCUUGGGAAUUGAGAUAGCUCAAUCCAGUUCUGGUGUGGUCCUUUCCCAAAGGAAGUAUGCUUUAGACAUCCUGGAAGAAACCGGUAUGUUAGACUGUAAACCGGUAGACACACCUAUGGAUCCGAAUGUCAAACUUGUACCAGGACAGGGGGAGCCUUUAGGAGACCCCGGGAGAUAUCGACGGCUCGUAGGUAAAUUGAACUAUCUCACCAUUACUCGUCCAGACAUUUCUUUUCCUGUGAGUGUUGUUAGUCAAUUCCUACAGUCACCAUGUGAUAGCCAUUGGGAUGCCGUAAUCCGUAUUCUUCGAUAUAUCAAAAGUACACCAGGCCAAGGUGUAUUGUACGAGAACAGAGGUCAUACUCAAGUUGUUGGUUACACAGAUGCAGAUUGGGCUGGCUCACCCACAGAUAGACGUUCCACUUCAGGGUACUGUGUUUUUAUUGGAGGUAAUCUAAUAUCUUGGAAGAGUAAGAAACAAGAUGUAGUGGCCAGAUCUAGCGCUAAAGCCGAGUAUCGAGCUAUGGCUUUGGCAACAUGUGAACUCAUAUGGUUGAGACAUCUUCUUCAGGAGUUGAGAUUUGGAAAGGAUGAACAGAUGAAACUCAUCUGUGAUAACCAGGCCGCAUUACAUAUUGCAUCCAAUCCAGUCUUUCAUGAAAGGACCAAGCAUAUUGAAGUUGACUGUCAUUUCAUUAGAGAGAAGAUCGCAUCAGGAUGUGUUGCUACAAGUUUUGUCAAUUCAAAUGAUCAACUAGCAGACAUCUUCACUAAAUCUCUCAGAGGUCCUAGGAUUAAAUAUAUUUGUAACAAGCUUGGUGCAUAUGACGUAUAUGCUCCAGCUUGAGGGGGAGUGUUGAAUAUAAUGUAUGUAUAGUAUACUAUCUUUCCUUGUUAAUAUAGGUCACAUGUAUGGUAGUUAGGACUCCUAGCCUUGUAUAUAUAUAUCUCUCAAUUGUAAGUAGAGAUUACAAUGAAUGUGAAUAAGGUUUUUCUCCUUUCUCUCUCUCUCUCAACAGUUAGGAUUUUUAAUUGUAACAUUUCAAGAAUAUUUGUUAUUUAUUUUAUUUAUUUAUUUGAUAAGAAACAAACUAUGUACUAAAUGUAGGUAAAGAAAUAUAUUAGAAGGAUGAAGAAUCCUCCCCAUAUUUACAAAAAUUGAUUAAAAAAAUGUAAGAUUGAAGUCCUUCAGCAUACUGAGGAGAUAUACAUCGGUAUAGUACCACAUAAGGAUAUACAAUAUAAAGCAUCUCAUUACUCCAUGAGGGCUAACACAACUCCUACUUUUCUUUCUAUCCAAACCCUUUUGAUUUAUGCACUAAAACUAAUAGGGUUGACCAACAUUAAGAGAAGUGUCCUUAAAUGCUGUUGUGCAAGAGACCUAGAAAGAGAAAUAGAAAUGAAUUAGAUCCCAUAGUGCCUUUGAUGUCCUCCACUUGCCCUAAAAAUUCCUAACAUUUCUUUCCUACCACUAUCCAAAUCAAUGUGAGGUAAAAGGUGCGCCAAAGGAGCUUGCCUCCACUAGUGUUGCCCUAUAUAAGAUGAUCAUCAUGCCAUAUAUACUUCUAGGAGGAGCCCAAUCUAAACUGGCUCGUCUCAUUAGUCUGUGUCAUAGCCUUAAAGUCAAUAAACAAUGUAAAAAAAGAUACUCAACUAUUUUUCCACUCUUCAUGAACAAAAUGCAAUAGUUAGGACUAAGAGUUUUGUAAGGUCUUCUCAAUUGUAGCAUGUCAUUAGUGUUUACUUUCUUGUGUGACACUAGUCAAUUAUAGGCCUUGACCUUAGAUUCUAUAAAAAUUUAAUUGGAUUGAAAACAAUUGGAUUUGAUAGAUUGGACAAGAUUAAGACGAAGGUACCACAAAUAAGGCUAAAGAAUUCUUCGUCUUCUUGUCUAGAGAAGGAAAUUUGAAAGCUUGAAUGUUUGGUGAAUUACAAUUGCUCUUCUCUCUUAAUCAGGGGAAAGGGCCCCACAGUGGGGGUUUAGUUGUCUCACUUUGAGGUCACGGUCUUGUUUCCUUGAUUGGAUGAUGGUUUGUAAGUUUAUCCAAUCAAAAAAAAAAAUGAUGGUUUGUAAGUUUAGAAGGGCUUUCGGGCAGCUUAUUGUCAUUCUGAGGGAUAGCUAGCUUUCUAAGGGUUUGUUGUUUGGGUGGUUUGUAUUAGGCUUACCCCUUUAUUCUUUUGCCAGCCUUUAGGCCUUUUUUUUGUAUACUGCAUGUGUACUUGUUUCUGUCUUUUGCUAGUGCUUUUUUUUAUAUAUUCUCCUAUUUACUUAUAAAAAGUAAAAAAUAAAAAUAAAGCCGAAAGAAGAUAAAAACCAAGCUUUUGCAUUUGGGACGGAUGGAAACAAGUAUGCAUGAGUUAGAGAGGAUAUAGGUCUUUCAAGGUCCUUUAUCUCCAAGUUAGUGAGAUUACGACGAAAAUUGAGGUUCCAAAAAAAAAGGGAAGAGAUGUUAAGGAUAGAUGAGAUAGGAAGAUUUCCAACUGUGACAACUCUAAAAAGACUUGGAAAUUGUGAGCACAAAGGUUGAUUCUCCUAUCAUAAAUCUUCUCGAAAACAAAUUCUUUCCUCAUUACCACCACAAAGCAAGUGUGCUUAGAAAAAUCCUGAAAAACUUUUGCAGGCUUUCUGAGGUCCCACCUGUUAGGUUAUGUCCCAUAGAUAGAGAGAAAAAACUUUCCCUAAGAAACCUUCGAAGCCACUUCCCUAAGGGGGCACAAUUCCUUAGAAAAAUAUUCCUAAACGCCAAUUCGCCUUCCACCUGAGGCUUACACACUAGGUUUCAACUGAUGAGAUGAUCUCUCUUACCCUUACCAACCCUUAACCAUAGAAAAUAUCUUUGCAAUUCUCAAUCUUUGAGUCCAGUGAUGAUGGAAUCUUGAAAAGAAAGAGGAAAUAUCUAAGAAUGUGAGACAAACAUGGUUAAAUUAGAAUUUAUCUUUUCCUUAAUGAUAAAAAGGCUUUUUCCAUCCAUUCAAUCUCCAAGAGAUUUUAUCAAUCAUUGGAUCCCGAAAAACGCUUGCUUUUGGGUUCCCCCUAAUGGUGGAUCGAGGUAGGAUAACAACCAAUUAGAGACUUUGCAGUUAGGCAUCAAAGCCAACCUAGUGAUUUGGUUCCGACUCAUGUUUAUAUCGGGAAGAGUACUAUUGUCUAAAUUGAUCGUAAGUCCUGAUAUGUGCUAAAAAACCAACAAGAUUAGCUUGAGAUUUUACAAAUCUUCCAUACCAACUCUUGAAGAAAAGAUGAUGUCAUUUGCGAAUUGCAAAUGAGAAACUCUAGUCCUCCUAUUCACUAUUAAGCCUUCCAAUAACCACUCUCUUAUUCUCUCAACAUCCUACUUGAAACAAUAGUUUCAAUAGUGAAAAGAAAUAGGACAAAAGGAUCUCCUCCUUUCAAACCCUUGGUUGCUUUAACUCAUUGUGGACCCGCAUUUUUCACGUGCGUCCCCACUCGAUCAAUGAGACUUGCUUUUAUUAUUUGAAAAUUUUGUUUUUGGAAAAGUUGGAGUCCCCACUUUUUUUUUUUGAAAGGGAAAAUAAAACAAGAAAUAAAACCUUAAAGAAUGACUCCAUAGUUUUUGGAAAAGCAUGUCUUUGAAAAAACCCGAGUCUAGGUCCGGGGAUCAGGUUACCUAUUGGGAAAGUACCUCUCAAAAGUAGCACCCCUCUAAGCCCUAAAAAGGUCUCUACUGACUAAGUUGAGGGAAGUGCGACAAUUAAUUGAUUAAUUGAGGGUACCUAGGUAGACUAAGGUGAUUUUUAAAAAAUGGGCAUGCCAAACAAGAUCAAAUCACAAUAAAGGAGAAUUAGGGUGCGUACCUGAACUACUUCUCAAGCGCUAUCAUAAAACAUCAAAGUUAGUGUAGAAAUAUAUCACAUAACAUGUGUUUUAUCCAAACAAAUCAAGUAUACACCUAAGCACCCAAGAAUCACGUCAAGUAUGAAUAUAGUUAUCAGUAGCAUGUGUGUCCAUAGAAUUCUCAAGGGUAAGUGUGGAGGAGCGUACCUGGAUAGCAAGCCAAUACUCUAUGGAAAACGAAGUUAGCCCAAUAACAGAUUCAAAAUAAUCUCAUAUAUGCCACAAAGAGGAAGCAUAAUCAAUCAAAUAUCAAACAAGCUAUAUUGAAGAGAAUAUCAUGAAUGUCGGGCCCCUACCAAAGCCCUAAUUAGUUUCGCAUGAGUUGAUUCUAUGAAUUCCAUUAUUUGGAAUCAUGAAGUUCAUUCAUGCUUGUGGAAAAUCAAUUGAAAAUCAAAGAAGAUAGUGAAAACGCGUGCCGAAAAGAAAAUGGCAGCAAGUAGUAUGUUAGAAUCUGGAUUUUAAUGUCUAGGAACUCCUAAAGAUGAGAUUUUAAAGGAAACGAGAGUUUUUUAAUGGAAAAUAUUUUGAAAUCCAGAUUAAAAAAUGUGUAAAUUCAUAAGGGAGAGAAGAAACAUCAGGAGGAUAAGUGAAUCAAGCCAGCCAUGCUGGAGAGGGGCCUGUGAGUGUGACUGAGACUGCGUUAUUGAUGGUGUUGGUGCUGCCGUUAUUCUCUCUGAAUUUCUCUUCCCACUCUCCUUGUAUGCAUUCAAGUGCCUUGCAUUGCUGUAUCUUUGAGCUCUUUUUGAUUCCUUGAAAUUCCCUACAUUCAGAUUUUCUUUCAGGAGUUUCGGUAUUAAGCUGCUGCAACUGUCUAAUACCCAGAUUUUUUUAGUACUUGAAUCCCUGAGAAAUGCCACUUGUUCCGUAAGUUUUCUGACGUUCAUUUUUUCUUUGUUUCCUUUUAUGAGAUCUAACUCAGUGCACAAUGUCUAAGGUGCCCUGACCUUUCUUCGAAAAUAUCCCUGUGACCAGUAGCAUUCUGAUAGUCUUGAAUUUGCUUUUGGACGCAGCUCACAAUCAAAACAGUUCUUUCUUAUCAUUCAAAUAUUCAUUAGCAUGGUUCACGUGGGGCCCUGGUUUCUCAUUAUAAAAGACCUUCCCAGAGAUGAUUUCAAGCAACAUUUCUUCAAAACUGUAGACAUUUGACUCAGGAUUAACUUCUAGGUGCAACUGGGGUGCACUGAUUGCUUUUUUUAUCUGCUACCUUUAAUUUGGUUUUCAAGCCCACCCUAGAGCUAAUUUCUGUGACCCUUAUAGCAUAAUCAUAUGUCAAAAGGAUAGAACUUGAAUGCGAGUUGGUAUGUACUUAAAGAGGGUUCGAUUUAUGGAGCAUGAAAGAAAUGGCAGAUUAAUAACAGUGUCCUUGAUCUUGGUCAUCAUGUCAAUGCUGCUGGUAAUUCGUGAACUGAUUCCACGAUCCUUGAAAAUCUGGAAUAGAAAAUAAUCUGGCCUGUGAGCACCAAGUUUGACUUGAAUCAUUCUCAAGGCGUCAUUGAUCCAGCUUGCUUCAUUGAGAUAAAACACUUUUAGAAAUCUGAGGACUGAGAAGUCGAGAUAUCUCCAUCUAUGCUUUUGUUUAAAGGCAACAGUGAGCGCCUCCACGUUAGUAGGAACAGGAAUAGGGUAUAAUGCUUUUUAUGGAGUCAAAUAACAUCCACUGGGAUUGUGCCCCUCUAUACUCAUUAGGAAUGAACAAGUAGAGGUUGUCUCGUGGACUUCGAGACUGCUGUAUGAUUCAGCAAACUCUCUGAACAGAGCAGUAAUUACAAAGGGGCCUUGGAACCUCCUCGCUGCGAGAGCAUAGCAGAAAUACUCGUCGUCUGUAAGAGAUAGCGAAUGCAUUUCCUUGUUCAAGUGACCAAGCAAACUGCCCCACCUAAACAGAAGAUACCACAAAUUUAGCAGCGUCAUCGAUCCCGCCAGCAGUUUCUAUGGUGAAGAUGCAAGUUCUAAACAAUUACUCUUCUUUUGAGCAGUUGAAGCUUGAGCAGGGAUAUUGUCUUGCAUAAUUUCACUUCAUCAACAAACUCUUUUCUUCAUAUAAGCCAUGCGUUCCAGAAAUGCACAGAUCUCCUUACUUCUAUCUCCAAAUAUGAAGAUAGCAUUCUUGUAAUCCCCAUCUAAGCACAAAUUCCCAUUCCCAAAGCCAUUAAGGUUAACAUCAGUAGCUUUCAUUUUCACAAAGUCUGUUUCAAAUUGAACAUUCAUUCUCUCUUUGUUAAAAAAAAAUUCAGUUCCAAAAUUCUUCGCGGACUCCUUUUCCAAAGUCUGAAAGUAUGGUAGGAUCACUAUGCACAAAUGUCAAAUUACCAUACUCCCCAUUCUGUGACUGAUCACUCUUCCCUUUGUAGUAAUCUCAUCAGGAAUUGAUUUUCCCAGGCUAUAAUUCACGGUGUUUUGGCCCAGCUUUUAGUCCCAAGAGAUGUAGGUCUUUGAUGGUCGAACUUUCCCCUUAAUCUCAGGCAAUUCACGAACAUGAGUUAUGGAAAUAUCAUUAGGUUUAACCAUAGCACCAGCUUCGAUUCUUGUCAGACUGAAUAUCGUAAAAUUGGUUCCUAAAGAUGUCUCUUCUCUCUUCUAUGCCUAUUUUAGGCACCAUAAAGUAGAGGAAGGAGAUAUAAUGGUUCGAAUUUUGACUGAUCCAACCCAUUGUGUUUCUGGAACCCUGUUAGAGGAAUUAAAGGUUAUCAUGUCUUGUCCUUUAAGAUUCAAGGAUGAAAUCUUUACUGCCAGCACCAGAUGCAACAGCAGCAGCCACAACUACAGGUUCUACUUGAACUGUUUCAGGUAUUGUAUCAUCUGAGAUUAAUAGAUCUUUUGGAACUAGACAAUUUGGAUUAUUGGAUGGAAUAUCAUCUUCACCAUUAGCACCACUAGCAUUGUCACGGAUCUGCUGAUGGGUUAGUGCAGAACCAGAAUUUGCCAAAAGCUGAUUUGGGACCCCCAUCUGGUGAGGAACUCGAAGAUAAUCAGCAUGGUUGGUAACUUCUCGAUGAGGAUGCACAUAAGGCUGCAAAUAAGCUGUGGUUGCUGGAAUAUUCAUCCGGCAUUGCUACUGUUUCAUAGACUCUUUAAAGCUCAUAUGAACGCUGCGAAUCUUACCAGUAUUGAUGGCAAUCAACCAAGCUAGUGAGUGCAACACUUCGUCUUUCAUGACCAAAUCAAUCCGAUAAUAGGUCCUGAAUCAUGGCUGGUCAUUUCACAUAAAGGACUAGUUUAGAAAUAAUAACAGAGGCCGUUAGCAUUCUGUUCAUUGGGCAAGGGGUCAUACUCUGAGCCAAGGUGAUUCAAAAGACUGUCAUUGGAAAAUAUCCUUCAUAAAUCUUGGAUUAAACCGAGGUUACUUAAUGAAUUAUCUUCUCACAGGUUUGUAGUGCUCAGAGGUACAAUAGAACUGACCUGACAGGGCAUGAAACUAAAUUCCAUUUCCUUUAUUCUUGUAAUAGUUUGCGAAGUUUUCUAAAUCAAUGCUGUCCCACCAAGCUUCGAGAACUCGAGAUUUCUUUGAACUUUGUUCAAUAUGACCUGAGGAUUUAUUGACGAGUAAAACAUCACAGAGCCAUGAUCCCAGAAAUCACGAGACGCCAUUCUGUUCAAAACAAAGUAUCAAAUCUGGCAGUCUUGGGAAAUUCUAUAAUUUCCAUCUUGAAGUCUCAUACUGAUCUGAAAUGCUUUCAGGAAUUAGGAACGACGUCUCAAGAAAGCCACUCACAACUGGUGCCUACUGUAGCCGAAAAUGUCGAACUGAUUGGACAUCAAUGGUCAUCAAACAACCUGGCCAACUUUUCCUACAACUCUUCUUAUCAUGAGCAGAAAUGUUCAGUGGCUCACGUCAAUUUGCAAUGGCUUUCAUGUCAGAAGAACCUGCAUCGUUAGACUCCAUCUCGAACAAAAUAUCACAAACAAACUCCCUAUAUCCAAUAUCACUAGGAACUGAAAUCCCAAAGAGUAGUGCUCUGUGAACUUUUUGGCAGUUGAUUUAAUUGGCACCUUGGAAAUGAAUUUUUGCUAGCAAACUCUAAUUGCAUUUAUCUCACAAAUUUCCCCAAGGACAUGAACAUUUUUUAUGACAUGAGAAAUGAGCCCUCUUUUGGCAGGCAACAUGAUUUGUUUUGAAGAAAAGACAUGACCAGCUUCAACCCAAAAUUUUGUCAUGAAAAUCUCCAAAAUUGGAUGAAGCUGGUGAAUAAUGAUCAUCUUCUUUUCAAUCCCAAACCAAUCAUCCUCUGUAUUCUGGCCAUGUAUGAAGCCUUUCUGAUUGUAAAUCUCGAACAACAUCACACAGAACCUCCAGUUCUGAACUCCCGGGGUACAGUCUCUUCAUUAAGCCUUUGUUGUUUCUUUCCCCUAAUGAUAUCACAGUGGUUCAACUCAGGCAGCCAGCUUAGCUAGUUACACAAGCACUUCUCGGGAAGUUCAUUUAAACAGCAGGGAUGCUUCCCAAACAUUCUGGGAAGUUUUAAAAGGAUUUCUCACCAGUGGGCUCACUGUCCUCCAUCCAAAUCACCACAUAUGCAGCAGCAUGACCAUCGCGGACGUGCUUGAGGUGUACAUCGGCAUCAAGUUAUUUUCCAUCUUUAUUGAAUUUAGCAAACCUCUCAUCUCUGAGAUCUUCAAUAGACUCUCAUUGCAGUUUGCCAUCUUUUCUUGAAUAACUUUUGUUUCGACUAUUUCGGAGUAUUUUGUAGUGAUACCAUCAAUAUGAGCACUUGCAUAUCAAUAUAUAGUCAAUGGCGGAAUGCAUAUCAUCUGCAAUUCCAACUGUAUAGGCCAUGAAGGAGUUAAGGUGUAACCAGUCGUAACUCCAAUUGCCUUUAUCUGGUUCGAACCUUGAGGGAGAGCAGCUUACUGACUCGAUCAAAGACAUGGCUGCAACUUACGGGUCUACUCAUAGAGCUUAAGUACAUUUCUAGCAAACUGCUUCUGGGGCUUGUAUUGAUGAAGCUGAUUCUUAAAUCUUUUGUAGGUAUCCAAAAGUUGAUUCCCACUUUUCAAAGUACCUCAAUUGUUUCUGAUAUACCAUCCUGUAGAUGAUCUUCUAUUGCCGUAACACCAAGGAUUUCAAGGUCAUGUUCUAGUCUUUGGCAGACCUCAGCUUGACUCCACUCCCUAUCAACCAAUGUCCUAUUAGCCUCUUUAAACAUCAAAGACCAAUCUCAAUAUUCAUCUUCUUUAAGCUUUCGCCAAGCCAAGCAUAUCGUGCAUAGUCCCAAUUGAGAAAAUUGUUCUACAGCUUCAGUAAAAGCUCAUGUUUAUUGUCCAGCACAUGCAUAAGGUAUGAUGACUUCAUCUGUUCCUUUUUGACAAAAGGAAAAUCUUUCUAUUCUGGCAAUCCUUCACCAUAACUGACAUCCUUUUCCUAUAAGAAGUGAAUUCCAGAGUGUCCAAUACUUCAUACUGAAUUAUUGAAGCGUUGAAGUUGAUUUCAAGAGUAUUUGUAUCCUUAUUGACAAAAACCAUAUGCAAGCAAGCAGUGGCCUGAACAAGAGCAUCCUCAUCUUGAGAUUGUGCCUCGAAUGAGAUUGCUCCAGUUUUGCUUUUCACGGGUAUAACUGUAUUGCAUAUUGUCAUAGUUGUAAGAAAUCGAAUAUCAUAAGGAGGAUCACUGGAAACAGCAUUCAGAAGCUCCACAUCUUUCAAAGCAUCCCCACUCUCAUUUCCAUAGAAAAUGCCUCUAAUACAACAUCUUCUAAAGAUCAUUCUAUUCUCAGUAAGAGUUCCAGUUUUAUCAGUCAAAGUAUACUCAACCUGCCUUAGGUCCUCACUUAUUACUGUAUUUGUUGCAUAGGAUGGAGUACUUGUUUCUUGGUCAAUCACCUGGUUAUCCCAAUCAAUGAACGUUGCAAUAAGCUCUUUACAAGAUCCAAAGAUACCUUUAUAGAUAUGGGUAUCAUAAUUGAACAAAGAAGCUCAAACCGUAGAUGAAUGACCAAUAGCUCAUACCAUGGACCUUCCUUUGAGUGUAGAACAUACCAUUGCUUUACUGCUUCUAUAUCUUUCCAGGCAUUCCCAGCUAUGCCCAGAACAAUGACGACCACUAUUUGAAAAACAAAUAUUGCUCCAGUUAACUUGUCAAUCAUGGCAUCUACAGCUGUUAGUUUUGGUUCAGGAAUACCUCGACUCAUACCCAACUUGGUUUCAUUGCCUGUAUAAACGGCAACCCUACGAACCCACUCUGUAUUCUGCAAGUAGCAGGACUGAAGAAUUGUAUUUUUCAUGGUUCAAGGUCACAAAUCAUUAUCGAUGAACCGAGGGAACAAACGCAGAUUCGCAUCAAAUCUUCUAAUGUCCUUAUCUGAAAUGGGACACUCAAUAACACCCUUAAUUUCUUUUUGAGUUUCUUCCUUGGCCAUGCAUUCUUUACACAUCCAAUCCCAUCCAGGAGCUUUCUUCAGCUUGAUGCGCAUGCAGUAAAUGUGCUCUGCCCCAUUGCUGCACUUGGUAUAAGUAGCAAGCAGUUCCUCCAGACCUGCAUCCCCACAUAUAUCACGAACUUUACUUCAUAUUCUAAACAUCUGAUUUAACAUUAUCAUCAACAAGCUGAGAUUGCAAAGGAUGUUUCUGUGCGCUUGAUAUCUCAAGCAAUGCACUAGACUUCUCAGAAUGUUCCUUUUUGUCUGAAAAUUGCACAGCUUCAGUUGCUUGAUGCCCAUCAUCCAAAUCAAUAUCAGAUUUCACAGAUCUAGCACGGUUGGGAAUACCUGGCAUUUGACCACCAAAGCUACAGGUUGCCAUUGCCACUCUUACCGAUGAUGAUUCAACUUGUUUUCUAGAGCAUUCAGAAGGUUCUCCCUACGGUGAUAUUAGACUUGGACCAGCAUAAACACCUCUUAAGGAAGAAAUCUGUGAUGGGUCCAAUUCAUUUGAUAAGGCAGCAGUUUUCGUCAUAGAUCCUUUAGUAAAUUCAGAUUUGAGUUCCAAUUCUUCUCACAAUGACUACUAACCAGACAAUGUGAAGUUGGUUCAACAUUGACAGUAGCUAUAGCGAUAGGAGAGCUGUUAACUGAAGUAGAACUUUAUGAUACGUUCUUCCUGUCUCCUUCCCCAUUAUGAUCACCAAUUGGGCCAUCAGCCUUACUAAUGCAUGAGAUAUCAUCACCAGGGCAUUCUAAAUCAUUCUGCUUUUUCUGUGCUGAUUUGAGAAAAUUAUAUUGCCAUGAAAUGUUGAUGGAUUUGGAAGACGACUAUCUUCUGCAAGAGGUUGACCCAUCUCAAUGUCUUCAGAAGUAUGAGAAGCCCUCAAAAUAACCUCACUUUCAGCAUUUUCAGAUAAUGGCUCAUGACUUGAGCACCCACUGAGAAGAUUACUUGUUUCGCUACUUGUAUGCUGCUGGUCAUCACUGGCAUUGCUCUUGCAAGGAGAACUCCGCAUUAUCGAAAAAAAAAACACCGACUAGCUACUUUUCCUGACUGCCUUCAUCUGAAAACUAAGUUAUUUUUCCCACUAGUGAUGCCACGCGGUCAAAAUGCAUGCAAGAUGAGCACGGGGUACCACACACGUUGCAUAUCCCAGAUUUUGCUCUUGUAUUUGCAGCCCCUUAGAAGAGAACUUGACACAAAAGGAUAACUAGAACCAGAGCUCCUUUCAAAAUUUCUGCCUUUCUUGGAAUAUUCAUCUUGUUAUGGUCUCUGUAGCCCAAAACACCAAAGCAAGGAGAAGGGAGAAAUACAUAGAUGCAGAAGCAAAGAAAAAUAAUCCAGGAAAAACAAAACAAAGGAGAUAAAGAUGGGUAAGUAGGCUAGCCACAUUUCAUUAUUUUCAAAAGGGCUUGAAGGAUUGAACAUGUCAAGACGCAUUUAGUUAAAACUUUAUCAAGAUUCCACAAACAUUCAAGCUCAGACAUAAAUCUCUAUUUCAGCUGUUUGUAGAAGGAAUCUAAGAAAUCAAGAACACAAUCAUAACAGAGCAAGUUUAUAGGAAAUUUCGAUUCAACAACGCAAAUAAGUGGCCCUCAAUGUCCACUCCAAUCAAUGAAAUAAAUGCUCAGAACCAUCAGAGAAUCAUCCAUAAUCGAACAUAAAAGAAGGCAUAGGAAAUAGUUGAAAACGUACCGGAGUUGUCUCCACCCGAUUACUUGGCUCCCUUGCUAUGAUCCUUCUCCGAAAUCCUUAGAAAUCGAUCGUUAAUUCCUCGCUCCUGGACAACCUUAGCUGCAAUCGCUCCUUUUCGGCUCCUCUGUGCUUUUCCUCGAGACGAUCCCCCCAGAAAAUAAAAAUCCCUCUUUUUCUCAACAUCCUUUCUUACGUAUAUAUCAGCCCCCAAAACCCCUAAAUCUGUUCCAAAAAGGAAAAUCCCCCCUUUCCUUUAUUUUCUUUUCUUCCUUUUUAAAUCUACUUUCCUUUCUUUUAUUUCCCUUCCUUUCCGAAAAUCAGAAUCCUUCUCUCUUUCUAUGUAUGGUCUUCUCUUUUCAUAUGUAUGCAGCCACGUUAAUCCUCUUUUUCCUCCAAAAAUAUUUUUCUUACCUUCUUUGAGUGUACAUGCCUUUGUGAGAGUUGAACAACAACCCCCAUUCUCUUGUCAAACAAUAAAAAAUGAAAAUGAAAAGAAUAAAACUGAAAAAGAGGUAGUAAUGUUGCAAUAUAUAAAAGAAUAAAGUAAAAUAAAAUGAAUGAAUAAAGUAAAACAAAAUAAUUAAAUAAAA